AUGGACGACUUCGAGUAUUACUUCCUCCCAAAUGAGGAGGAGUCGGAGCAGGUGAAGGGAGCCAAACUGGAGCUGCACAAAGUGCUGAAGCGAAACAGAGAAAGGCACAGCAAGGUAAACAAGCCGAUGAAGGCGGCAUCCAAUGUGAUAUCGCUGCUUGGCGGGAAGGAGGAUGCUUCGAAGGGGCAAAUGGAAACAUCUCCCCCUUGGAGCGAUGAGGAGAAGGCCCACUGGAAAGGCAUGCAUCCCUCGGCGAGAAGCCAAGAGCACUGUUCCUCCAAAAGGAGGAGGAGUCAUAAAGCAGACACGAGGCUCAAAACAGGGGAAGAGGAAGAAUACCCUAGUGAAACCCGCCCAAUACGUGAUAAUUCAAAUGAAGGUCAUGAACAAAGUGAGGUGAAUUCGGAAACGCGAAUUCAACCUGGUGAUAGGUUAGGGGAAGCCGUAUUGGGGGGAGACCGAAAAGGUAAAAGAAGACUCAAUGAUGAUAAUAUUACCCACCAUGGGAAAAAACCUAAAGGGGGGGUAGCAACAGUGACAAAGGCAAUACCCACCGGGUUGAGCACCAAUGGAGGGAAACACUCCACUGUGAAUGACGACGACGAUGGUGAUGAUAAAAGGGACACUUCAAUGAAGUGGACCGCGACGGGAGGGAGUGCCAAAAGCCGAAGCAACAGUUGCAGCGGCAUGUCUGAGGGGAGCGACCAGUCAGAUUCGCUGUCCUCGGGAAGGUCCUCCUCGACGGACUACCUCUCCCAUGAUAAGGGGACGAACAAAAAGAGGAAAAUAAAAAAGGGGACAAUAAAAAUGGAGGUGCACCCCCACGGGGGGGAGGGAAGAGGGGCGGUCAGGUUAACCAUGUUAGCGCCGGAAAUGGCAGAUACCGCUGCCGAUGCUACCACCACUGCGACGGCCAAUGCGACGGCCAAUGCGACGGCCAAUGCGACGGCCAAUGCGACGGCCAAUGCGACGGCCGUUGCGAGGGAGGAAAGAGCGUCCGGCAAUAACAGGCACGGGCGCACACCCGAGGAGCCAAAGCGGGAAAGGAAAAAGUACAGCGGGCUCAUGCUCCUGCACAAGUUUAAAAUAAACUACCAAAGCUUAACCGAGUCGGAGAAGAAGUACUACCUCUAUAUGAUGAAGAAGCUGCGUGUGCGUUACGAUAACGAGCGGCAGAUCUUCUACACAGACGACAUAUUCACAAAGUGUUUCACAGAAAGGGUUCGCCAAGAAAAAGGCAAGUUCAAUUAUUUAGGUUACUUAGAAUAUGCUUGUUUCUACAUCCUUGAAUGGUUAACCCCAACGAGGGAAGAAAAAUUGUUAAAGCAUAAAUCGCUAAUAAGGUUAGAAGUAGUGGUGAAGUCACUCUUUCCACAGUGUACAAUGCAACCAUUUGGGUCAUUCGUCACAGGAUUGUCCAUCCCGGGUAGUGACCUGGAUGUGUGCUUUUUGAACAUCCCCCUGGAAGACCUCGAUGCUCUGUUAAUCAUUUCAUACGCGUUAGUUAAACUAGACAUGGUAGCAGACAUACGUUUAAUAAAAGAUGCAAGAGUGAAAAUUUUAAAAUAUACAGAUAAAGAAACGGGUGUUCAGGUAGAUGUUUGUACAAAUCAACUGUCUUCAAGACAAACAACAGAUUUUAUAAAAAGUAAAGUGGAGAAAUAUUUAUAUUUGAGGCCACUAGUCAUUUUGUUAAAGUUUUUUUUAAACACAAGAAAUUUGAAUGAAACGUAUAUAGGUGGGAUUGGUUCCUUCCUUUUGUGUUGUAUGGUUUUGCAUUUUUUACAACUCCAUCCUUCUACCUUCGACUGGACUGUCUUUAACAACAGCUACCUCGUGAAGUUACUCCUGGAGUUCUUUAGCUUCUAUAGUAUAGAUUAUAAUGUGGACUUUAACUGCUCUGUUUUACGAGGCCUGGGUCACGUCAUGCCGAGAUAUAUGCGAAGAGAAUUCGAAGGGAACAAUCGACUUUGCUUUGAAAAUCCUAUUGACACUUCACUCGACAUUGGAAAAAAUGCGUACAAGAUUAGGUAUGUGUUUUAUUUGUUUAGCCACCAGUUUUGCGCGCUCUCCAGUUUGAUUCGUGGUUUGCGCGGGGCAGCGGCACGCGAAGUGGGAGGCGAAGCGGGAAGCGACGUGGCACGCGGAGCGGAAGAGAGGCAGGGCAGCUACGCGCAACAAGAACAGGAAGAUGCACUGGGACGCUACGCCGAGGGAGACAAACUAAACGCAGCCGGCUCCAUGUUCCCCCUCUUCUUCGCCAAUUUUCUGAACCCGGACAGCAUCGUCUUCACGAAGAGACUCAAGGCGGACUUCCCCAACCCGCAGUGGAACAUCAGCCACUUCAACUUUGCCGUCACCACGGAGGACAAACACAAGCUGCUGGAAAUGCUGCGGGACGAUUGGACCUCCUACUUUGAUCAGGGCCUUCCCCCCGACUCCGCGGCCCUCUUCGCCGCCUUCGACCGGGCCUUCCCUUUCUCCCUGGACCUCUACAACAACGCCUUCAGGUACGGUUAG